CUCUGGAUCUUCUUCCUCUUUCUCGGAAAAUAUCACAGCAAAAUGGGUUUGUCUAGAUCGUCGUUGGCCAUGAUACUGCUGGUGUUCAUGGUCUUCUCCGUUUCUUUGGCCUUGGACAUGUCCAUAAUCUCCUACGAUCGAACCCACCCCGAUAAGUCAACCGGGAGGACGGAUGAUGAGGUCAUGGCAAUAUACGAGCACUGGCUUGUAGAACAUGGCAAGGUCUACAAUGCCCUGGGCGAGAAAGAGAAGAGGUUCGAGAUUUUCAAGGACAAUCUCAGGUUCAUCGACGAGCACAACGCUGAGAAUCGGACCUACAAAGUCGGGCUGAACCGAUUCGCCGAUCUUACCAACGAGGAGUACAGGGCCAAGUACCUGGGAACCAAGAUCGAUCCCAAGAGGAGGAUUUCCAAGGCCAGGAGCAACCGUUAUGCUCCACAUGUCGGCGACGAACUGCCGGAAUCUGUUGAUUGGCGGAAGGAAGGUGCGGUCGUCCAAGUCAAAGAUCAAGGAAGUUGCGGGAGUUGCUGGGCAUUCUCAACCGUAGCUGCAGUGGAAGGAGUAAACAAGUUAGUGACAGGCGAUCUAAUUUCACUAUCUGAGCAAGAACUGGUGGAUUGUGAUACAAAAUAUAACGAAGGGUGCAAUGGGGGAUUAAUGGACUAUGCCUUUCAGUUCAUCAUCGACAAUGGGGGUAUUGACACCGAAGAGGAUUAUCCUUACCGUGCUGUUGAUGGCCAGUGCGACCCAUAUAGGAAAAAUGCAAAAGUCGUGACAAUUGAUGGCUAUGAGGAUGUUCCUGCCAAUGAUGAGAAAGCCUUGAAAAAAGCUGUUGCAAAUCAACCAGUGAGCGUUGCAAUUGAAGCAGGCGGCAGGGAAUUUCAGUUAUAUGUAUCUGGUGUAUUUACGGGAAGAUGUGGUACAGAAUUAGACCACGGAGUUACCGCUGUUGGAUAUGGCACAGAAAAUGGGGUGGAUUACUGGAUUGUGAAGAACUCCUGGGGAUCGAGCUGGGGAGAGGAAGGGUAUAUUAGAAUGGAGCGUAAUGUGGCCACAACCAAUACCGGCAAGUGUGGCAUUGUGAUGGAGGCCUCCUAUCCUACAAAGAAAGGCCUAAAUCCCCCAAACCCGGGACCAUCUCCUCCUUCACCGGUGAAGCCACCCACUGUAUGUGAUAGUUACUAUAAUUGUCCUGCCAGCACUACGUGCUGCUGCGUCUAUGAGUAUGGAAAGUAUUGCUUUGCCUGGGGAUGCUGUCCUCUUGAGGCUGCCACCUGCUGUGAAGACCACUACAGUUGUUGCCCUCACGACUAUCCCGUCUGUAACAUUGACGCUGGCACCUGUCUUAUGAGCAAGGACAGCCCGUUUGGAGUAAAGGCAAUGAAGCGUACUCCAGCUAAACCCUAUUGGGCAUAUGGAGAGAAGAACAAGAGAAUCAGUGCUUGAGCCAAUGGAUGAAUAAUGGAAGAGUGGAUGGCCUAGUCAAAGGAGGAUGGAGGAGCCUAUUACAUAUUCUUUUCCUUGGGACUCAUCAUCGUACUGCCCAGUAGACGGUCAUCUCUGACAUUUAGAUGCCAACUGAUGAAUGCUUUAUGAAAUUUCAGGAUGUAUUUUCCUGGUGUAAAUAGCCUUAUAUUUAUGGUUGCAUUGCUUUCGAACAAAAUAUUUACUUCGUGACCUUCGAACUUAAGUAGCUUCUGUAAUCAGUCACCGGUGGUCAAUGAAUUUCGUUUCCAUGCA